AUGGACGACCAAGGCGUCUGCGCUCCAUGGCCGGAGCUCCCGCCGGAGCUGGCAGGCAUAAUCUUCGGCCGCCUGCAGUCAUACAGCGACCGCGUCCGCUUCCGGGCCGUCUGCCGUGCGUGGCGCCUCGCCGCGCGGCAUCAGCACCCGCUGCCGCCGGUGCUCCCCUGGCUUCGCUUAGACCGCACCACCUUCCAGAGCCUCCCCGACGGCGAGGUCCACCGCCUGCCCGUCCCCAGCGAGCUGCCUCCGGGCACGGUCUGCCGCGGCGCGUUCGAUGGCUGGCUCCUCUACGAGAGCGGCGAGCAGCGGGAGCGCUCGCUGAGGAACCCUAUCACCAAGGCCAAGAUUGAUCUGCCCUACCACUGCGACGUCGUCAUCAACCCCGACUUCUACAACGACGGGCUCUACACCACCACCGUGUCCCUGCACGAGGCCGUCCUGCGCAAGAUCGUCGUGUGCUCGCCGGACUUCGUCGCCGCCAUCAUCGACUACGGCGAUGUUCUCUUCCACCGCCCGGGCAUGCACUCAACCUGGUCAUUAAUGGCCGCCUGCCCCGGCUUCGUGCACGACAUUGCCUUGUACCGCGGCAAGCUCUACCUCGUCACAGGCCACGGGGAGCUCGCCGUCCACGACUUUACCUCGACGCCGCAGCAUAGCAGCCGCCAUGGAUCAUCAGCAGAUCAGGAUUCUUGCGUCGACACCGUGAUCGACACGCCGCCUCCUCUUAACAAGCAGAGCCUCCCUGAAAGACACUUCUGGGACUGCAUCUUCUACCUCGUCGUGUCAUGCACCGGCGAGCUCCUGAUGGUUCGAUGGCGGUGGUGCCUUCCCGGGGUUAUCCAUUUCCGCCGUCGGUGCGCCGGCGAGCUGAGCAAGGGGAUCGAGGUGGACGUGUUCGAGGCCGACCUGGAGAAGCGCCGGUGGUCGGAGGUGAAGGAGCUAGGCGAGCAGGCUCUCUUCCUCGGCACCACCUGCUCCAAGGCGCUUCCAUUGCCGGACCAUGCCAACUGCGUUUUCUUCCUGGGCUUGAACGUGACCCGAUUUAGCCCCGACGGGACGGUCGGCGGUAUCGGCGACUGCGCCUACUGCGUGCAUGACAUGAGGAACGGCACGUUCAGCUUCGAUAAUCUGGCGUCCAUCAAGAGAGAUUUUGAACGAUCGAGAGACGAUUGGUUCUUCCCUUGUGAUGGGAUUGAAACAUGA